UUAAGUGUCCUGUUACCUGAAGAUAUGGCUUUCCUACACCUCUGACAGGACGUAUUAUUUUUGUCCUAAUAGAAGCAUGCACUGAGUUUUGAAAGGAAUGACUGAGUUUCUUUCAUUUCUAAUUCUUCAGGCCUUUUUUUUUUUCUUAAGACCAAGUUUCAAUCUGUCACCCAGGCUGGAGUGUAGUGAUGCGAUCUCAGCUCACUGCAACCUCCUCCUCCUGGAUUCUAGCAAUUAUCCAUGCCUCAGCCUCCCAAGUAGCUGGGAUUACAGGUGCCUGCCAUCACACCCAACUAAUUUUUUGUAUUUUUUAGUAGAGACAGGGUUUUGCCAUGUUGGCCAGGCUGGUCUUGAACUCCUGACCUGAGGUGAUCUGCCUGCCUUGGCCUCCCAAAGUGAUGGGAUUACAGGUGUGAGCCACCACGGCUGGCCCUACUUUUGACUUUUUUUCUGAACGAAGUAGGCUGUAUUUUACUGUGAUGAUAUAUUUGUUAUCUCUACUAUUUUUGCUCUUCUUCUCACAUUGUUUAGUCAAGUGUCUCUAAAGUAGAUGUGCAGAGAAACAGGUGACCAGCACAAAAAUCAAUCAUGAAAGAGUUCUUAGAAAAUGAAAUUUGUCACAGCUGAGAAAGACUGCUGAGUGCGUAUGGGCCUCACAUGUGAAGACUUGUGAAUUGCUUUUAUUCAAAGAACAGACACAGUGCUGGGUGCUGGUUUACUUGUUUCCUAUUUUCUAAUCCUCUUUUCUUUUUAAAAGGUGUCCUAGCUACACGGAACUACAAAAUCUAACAGGUGUCUCAGAAUUCCUGCUUAUGGGGCUCCCAGACAAUCCAGAACUGCAGCCUGGCCUCAGUGGGCUGUUCCUGUCCAUGUACCUGGUCACCAUGCUGGGGAACCUGCUCAUCAUCCUGGCCGUCAGCUCUGACUCCCACCUCCACACCCCCAUGUACUACUUCCUCUCCAACCUGUCCUUGGCUGACAUUGGUUUGACCUCCACCACCGUCCCCAGGACAAUUGUGAACAUUCAAACUCACAGCAGAGUCAUCGCCUAUGCAAGCUGCCUGACACAGAUGUCUUUUUCAAUCUUUUUUGUGUGUAUGGAAGACAUGCUCCUUGCUGUGAUGGCCUAUGACCGGUUUGUGGCCAUCUGUCACCCUCUGCACUAUCCAGUCAUCAUGAGCCCACGACUCUGUGGCUUCUUAGUGUUGGUGUCUGCUUUUCUUAGCCUUUUAAUAUCCCAGGUGCACAAUUUGAUUGUCUUACAAUUUUCUUGCUUCAAAGAUAUAAAGAUUUCUAAUUUCUUCUGUGACCCUUCUCAACUCCUCACACUUGCUUGUUCCGACACGUUUGUCAAUAACAACAUAGUCAUGAAUUUCUUUGCUGCUGUAUUUGGUUUUCUUCCCAUCUCAGGGAUCUUUUUGUCUUACUAUAAAAUUGUUUCCUCCAUUCUGAGAGUUCCAUCAUCAAGUGGGAAGUAUAAAGCCUUCUCUACCUGUAGCUCUCACCUGGCAGUUGUUUGCUUAUUUUAUGGAACAGUCCUUGGAGUGUACCUUGGGUCAUCAGUGUCAUCCCCCAGGAAGAGUGUGGUGACCUCAGUGAUGUACACAGUGGUCACUCCCAUGCUGAACCCCUUUAUCUACAGCCUGAGAAACUCAGACAUCAAAAGUGCCCUGCAGAGGUUGCAUAGCAGAAUAGUCAAAUAUCUUUGUCUGAUCCAUCCUUUUUGUUAUGUGGGUUAGAAAAGGCAGCAAAAUCAAAUAUCACAGACUGCAAAUCCUGCUUCCUUGGCCACGUUAUUUUUGUUGCUUCAAGGUUUUCAUUCUUGUCCAUGUUUCAUAUGUGAAUAUUGCUUCCUUCGUUAUGUCUUGAAUUAGAAUUUGUAGGUAUUCCAGUAUCCUUUGUCCAUCAUAAACAUCAUGACUGAAUCCAAUAUACCUAGAUAGCCUCCUUUUAGCUUCUGAGUGAUGAUCAUGGUAUUCAGGUGAAUCUCAACUCUCUUUUUUUUUUUUUGAGACAGAGUCUCACACUCUUGCCUGGGCUGGAGUGCAGUGGCACGAUCUUGGCUCACUGUAACCUCCGCCUUGCGGGUUCAAGAGAGUCUCCUGCCUCGGCCUCCUGAGUAGCUGGGAUUACAGGCAUCUGCCACUAUGCCCAGCGUAUUUUUUGUGUUUUUAGUAGAUGGGGCUUUAGUAGAGAUGGGGUUUCUCCAUUUUGGCCAGGCUGGUCUCAAACUCCUUUCCUCGUGAUUCACCCGCCUCGGUCUCCCAAAGUGCUGGGAUUAUAGGCGUGAGCCACUGCACCCCAGCCCCAACUCUCCUUUUAUGUACAGGAAAUCAUCACUUAACAUGUAACAUGAUUAAUGGAUUCUUGGAAACUGUGACAUUAAGGGAAGGAUAUAUGGCAGGUCCUUGAAUAAUGUUUCAUUUUAAUGUUGAUGAGCAAAAAACUUGCUUUCAUUUAUUAUACAUCAUUUUAUUUAAAGUUACAGUUUACAACAACCUAUUGAGAAUGUUUAGUAGGGACCUGCUCUACUUCAAAUUUACAUCCCUUCCCACAGUUCACGGGUAAUUUUGGUACAAAUUGCAUUGAUGAAAUCUAUUUAGGUAGACUAUGUGUGAGAAUUCAUAUAAUUGGUUCUCAAGCUUGGUUUUGUCUGAAAUCUCCUGGAAAACUUACACAUGCUGACGAGUGGCUCUCAUAGCCAGAUAUUUGGAUGUACUUGGACAUGUCAAGAAAUGAGGACAUUUAAAAACAUCAGUGAUGGUUCAGAUGAUAAAGUUGUUCAACCUCAAAUGAGUAAGUUACAAAAGAGUUUUUGUAGUACCAGGCAACAUGAUUUCUUCAAAUAUCUACUUCAAAUAAACUAUUCGUCAAUGCCAUAUAAUUUGUUGUUAAACAGUUAUUUUUUACCACUUAGAAUUUACAGCCAAAGGAAUAUAAAUCGUUCUAUCAUAAAGACACAUGCCUGUGUAUGUUCAUUGCAAUGCUAUUCAUAACAGCAAA